GAGCCUCUAAAGUUUAUAUCAUAUGUUACUUUGGUUGGUUGCGCAAUACCUGCAGAAGGCUUGCAGCCAUGGCAAUGAUUCCCGUGCGCUGUCAGGCUUAGUGUUGUCGAUCAGACUGUUAGAUAGCCUUUGGCUUCCACGAUUUUGACAUAUUUGACAGAGCAACGCCAUCUUCGUCCUUUUUUCUGAUGCAGCCAGCAAACUUCACAAGAGCCGUCAUGAGUGUCACCGUUUCUCGUUCGACAUCUUACUCUUCACGUUCAAAUCCAUUCACAAGCUCUCGCAAUGAGAUCAAAACGCCGAGUACACAGUCAAGCCUAACAAACCUUCAGACGAAUGGACCUGCUUUCACAAGGAGGAAGUUCAAGUCGUCGCGGUUCACAGGGCCAGAUUACCCAAAACCCUGGUUAGAAGAAAAGGAGCCUCGUCGACGGUGGGAGCGGGUCAUUUUCUGGGUCUCCGUCUUGAUCGGCAUCAUCAUAGGAGGAGUCAUCUGCUACUUUAGCUACAAAUCAGUCUCCAACUUUCAAUAUUGUCUCGUCCUCGAAGAUGACUUCCAGACCCUAGACAAGAGUAUCUGGAACUUUGAGAUUCAACGAGGAGGCUUCGGCAGCGGGUCAUUUGAAUGGACGACCGACGAUCCCCAAAACGCAUAUGUCGAUGCUGAGGGGCUUCAUAUCGUGCCUACAUUGACGACAGAGAGCACUGAUAUUACCCCAGCAGAGCUCAACAAUAAUUAUGUGCUCAACCUGACUACAGCUGGAACCUGCACGGCGGUCUCGGGUAACCCCAAUGACUGCUCGAUCCGCAGCAAUGAUACGUCCGGGACAAUCAUCAACCCCGUCAGGAGUGCCCGACUGAAUACUUCCAAGCGCAAGAACAUCACCUAUGGCCGCGUAGAAGUCGUGGCAAAGGCACCCGCUGGAGACUGGCUCUGGCCUGCGAUCUGGAUGAUGCCAGAGCCUCAAGGCAAGCAUGGAGCCGGGGCAUACGGACAGUGGCCCGCCAGUGGCGAGAUCGAUAUCGCAGAGUUCAGAGGCAAUCCCGGGUCCCAAUACCCCGACGGUCGAGACAGCGUUUCCAGCAGUCUCCAUUGGGGCCCCAUCCCGGCUGCGGAUGCGUGGUGGAAAACCUCUGGUAAGCAUAACUUGCGUCGUACCGACUAUUCAGAGGCUUUCCAUACCUAUGGCCUGGAGUGGUCGGAAAAGUAUCUGUUCAUGUACGUGGACACACGACUGGUGCAAGUUAUGUUCACCAAAUUCACGUCACACAAGAACAUGUGGGACUUUGGCGACUUUGGAGCCGCGCUGGUCAACAACUCGGCCCUGUACAACCCGUGGGCCGGCACAGGACGUAGAAAUACACCGUUCGAUCAACCGUUCUACCUCAUCCUGAACGUGGCCGUCGGGAGUACCAAUGGAUUUUUCAAGGACGGCGUGGCCAACAAACCAUGGGGCGACAAAAGCCUCACUGCUCCACGAGAGUUCUGGGAUGCUCGGACGACCUGGCUACCGACCUGGGGAGAGGGUGCUGCUCGUGGCCUGACAGUACGGUCUGUCAAGAUGUGGAGUCAAGGCGGCUGUACGGCACCAAAAUAACGACCAGUUGUACUUGGCUGAAUAUUUUUUUGCUUUCGCGCUGGGACAGAGCUCGGGUUCGCGUGUAGAAGUUGUGCAAAUGAUUUAUGUACUGUAUAUGGAUAUUAACUUUCAAUAAUACGAGGCUGUGACUUUCCGACACGAAAGCCUAACCCAGGUCUAGAAGCGAGGGGAUGAUGUGCCGCAAGGUUUCU